CCCGCUGCGCCUCGGACUCUCGGCUCCUCCCGGCCUUCUCCCGGCUCCCGUCGGGCUGUGACUGUGGCUGAGGUUCCUGCUGCGGCUCGGCCACGACCGGCAUUUGCAGUGCAAAAUGGCUGACCUGAGUCUCGCGGAUGCAUUAACAGAGCCGCCUCCAGAAAUUGAGGAAGAGAUAAAGCGGGACUUCAUUGCCACCCUAGAGGCCGAGGCCUAUGAUGAUGUUGUGGGGGAAACAGUUGGAAAAAGGGAAUAUAUUCCCCUCAUGGAUGUUGAUGAGAAAACUGGGAAAAAGAAGAAAUCAGGCUCAGAUACUAGCCAGGCUGAAGGUACUUCAGCUUCCAAACCAACAGUUCUAGCCAAUGGUGAUCAUGGAAUAGAAGAGAUAAAUACUACAGAUCCCUUUAAGAUGCACCAUGACGAUGGCUUGGGAGAUUUGCUCUUUCUCUCUAGUGAAACUACAAAUGCUGAAACAUUUACAGGGCAAAAUGUUCCUGUGGAAGGUGUAUCUUCCUGUGACAUGUUUGCUCCCACAGCUGUGGUACCUCAGGAGUGGUCUGUAGAAGCUCCAAGUUUUCCACAGUCAGAGUCCUUUGUUUCCCUUGAAGUCACUGCUGAGAGUUCACAGUCAACAGCCAAAGAAGUAGAAAUGGCAUCAGUAGAGGACCAGCCACCAACAAAAACAUUGGAAAUGAUUGAACAGAAGACCACUGCCAUGGUACCAUCUGGAGGAACAGAGGUGGUCUCAAAAGAGAACAUGGCACCAAUCACAGAAACGGAGAUGGCAUUAGCUACAGCCAAGGAUGAACCCACCCAAUCAGAAGUGACACUGGUCGAGGAUAUGCAGUCAUCCAUCGAAUCAGAUCUGUCCCUGGCCAAGAGCAUGGUACUGCCCAUAGAAACAGAAGUGGCUGCAGUGAAGGAUGUCAUAGUGCCUGUAGAAACAGAUGUGUCUUCAGCCAAGGAAGUAUUAUUGCCUCCAGAAACAGAGGUAGCCCCAGGAAAGGAUUUGACACCAUUGAAAGAAGCAGAGAUUGCUCCUUCUGUAAAAGUGGAUUCGGGUUCACAUGACGACAAGGUACCACCCCAAGAAACAGAAAUAGCCCCAGCCAUGGGUAUGAUAUCACUUCCAGCAAUAGAAGGGGCACUGGACAAGGAUACUGCACCAGCCACAGAAAACUCCUUUGCGGAAACGGCUUUGAGCUCACAGACAGAGGUGGCCCUAGAAAGAGACAUGACACUGUCCCCUGAUACCACACUCUUGACCAAGGAUGUAACACUGCCCCUAGAAGCAGAAGUCACCCCGGUCAAGGACAUGACUCCAUCCCCAGAAACAGAAAUGGCUCCGCCCCCUGAAACAAAGGUGGGUCAGGUUGAAGACCUACAUCCAUUUUCGGGACCAGAAGUGGACCUGAGCAAGGAUAUCACUACACCCCCAGAAACAGUGAUGACCUGGGUAGAUACUAUGACCCCACCCCCAGAAAAAGAGGUAGCUUCCGUCAAGGACCUGCCUCUCCUGCCAGAAACAGAGGGAGCCCUGGUCAAGGAUGUGGUUCUGUCUCCUGGCGCAGAAGUGACCCUCGCCAACAAUGAGACCCCAGCCAAGAAUGCCACCCCACCCACAGAGAAAGAGGUGACCCCAGUUGUAGUUAAAGACAUGGAAAUUGCAAAGACCCCGGAAGGAAUAAGUGAGAACUUCCAGGAAAAAUCUCCUCAGGACGAGAGGCAGUCACCCACAACUUCUUUCGUGAUUUCACCAGAACCAGGCCAAAAGUAUAACUUGCCAACAGAUGAAAACUCUCUGUCAGAGAAAUUAGAACAAAAGGAACCACUCAGCAGUCCUCCUUCUGAACUUCCUUCAGAGACCUCAGGAAUAGCCAGGCCAGAAGAAGGAAAGGCUGCUGCUGUGAGUGUGACUGGAAAUGACAUCACUACCCCCCCAAAUAAGGAGCUCCCACCAAGUCCAGAGAAGAAAACAAAGCAACCAUCAACCAAGACUUCAACAUCGAAAGUCAAAUCCCAGCCCACUUCUCUCCUUAAACAGUCAUCUUUAACCACCUCUGGUGGGUUGAAUAAAAAACCCAUGAGCCUUGCUUCAGGCUCAGCACCAGCUACCCCACCCAAACGCCCUGCAGCCGCCACAGCCAGGCCUUCCACCUUACCUGCAAGAGACGGGAAGCUAAAGCCUGCUGCAGAAGCAAAGAUUCCUGAGAAACGGACCUUACCACCCAAGCCCACCUCUGCUCCAGCCCUCAGAUCUGUACCCAAGAAUACCUCGACUGCCCCCAAAGCCACAUCAUCUGCUACUCUUGUCUCUCCUGGGCAGAGCAGUAGAAGUGCCCCCACACACUUGUCCAAGAGACCCACCACCCUUAAGACGGAGGGCAAACCUACAGAUGUUAAGAAGAUGACUUCAAAGUCUGUACCAGCUGACUUGAGUCAUUCAAAGAGUACCUCAGCCAAUUCCACGAAGAGAAAUGCCACUACUACAGGGACGACCGUCCCAGCCCCACCACGAGCGAAGCCCACCUCCGCCCCUCCCCGGCCCUCUGCCACUGCUUCGCUGGAUAAGAAGCCCACGGCUGCCAAGGCCAGCUCUUCUGCCCCCAGGCUGAGCCGGCUGGCCACCAAUGCCUCUUCUCCUGUCCCGGAUCUGAAGAACGUCCGUUCCAAAGUUGGUUCUACGGAAAACAUCAAACACCAGCCUGGUGGAGGCCGGGCCAAAAUAGAGAAAAAAUCAGAGGCAGCUGCCACAGCUGGAAACGCAGUCACUAAAACAGCCAUCCCCAUUGAAAGCACACAGAAAUCACCUGCUGGCAAAGUUCAGAUUCAGAACAAGAAAGUAGACAUCUCCAAGGUCUCCUCCAAGUGUGGGUCCAGGGCUAACAUCAGACACAAGCCUGGUGGAGGAGAUGUCAAGAUUGAGAGUCAGAAGUUAAACUUCAAAGAGAAGGCCCAGGCCAAAGUGGGAUCUCUCGAUAACGUAGGCCACCUCCCUGCAGGGGGUGCUGUGAAGACUGAGGGCGGUGGCAGCCAGGCCCCUCCGUGUCCGGGCCCUCCCGCUGGGGAGGAGCCUGCCAUCUGUGAGGCCGUGCCGGAAGCUGGCACCUCUACUUCUGCCAGUGGCCUCAGCAGCUCCACCCCCUUCUCAGGGGGUGGUGACCAAAGGGAGGCCCAGACCUUGGACAGCCAGAUACAGGAGACAAGCAUCUAACGAUGACAUUCUGGUCUCGUCUUCCCUCUCGUCUUCCCCAUUCCCCUUUCCCUUCCCCUCCUCCCGUGUCACUGCAGAUUGAGACGUACAGGCUGACCUUCCGGGCAAACGCCAGGGCGCGCACCGACCAUGGGGCUGACAUUGUCUCCCGGGCCCUCGGCUCCCUUCCCCGGGCUGUCCACUAGACUUGUGAGCCUUCUAGGUCCCCUUCCUUCCCUCCUCACCUUGCUUGCUCAGGGCAGCAGUAGCCCCGCCCCCGCCCUUGUCCCCGCCCCCUGCCACUUCCUGCCAGGGCCCAGCUCCCAACUUAGCUCCUCUUCCAUCACUGCGCAUC